AUGCUGGAUCUUUCUGAGCCGAAGGAGUGGAGCUGGAUUUCAACCAAAUUGAAUGUCGCUGAUGACGCUACGAAGUGGCAAAAGUUACCGGAUUUGUCACCUACAAGCCGAUGGUUUUGUGGCCCGGAUUUUCUGUGGAAGACGAGAGAACUGUGGCCAGCCCAUACGUCGGACUUUGGAGAAACCAUUGAAGAAUUGCGUCCGCGGGUGCUUCAUCACUUCGCACAACCAGCACUAUUUCAGUGGGAACACUUUUCAAGCUGGAAACACAUUCUGCGUCAUGUGGCAUACGUACGAAGGUUUCCGACUAAUCUGCGCAAGAGACUGGCGAAGGAGCCCAUCGUCACCGGUCCGCUAACGCAGAAAGAGUUGCAUGAAGCAGAACUAAUGAUUCUGAAGAUAGUACAGGACGCCGAGUUCGCCUUGGAAAUCGAUCUAUUGAAAGAGCCAAAGCGUUCACCAUGGAGUACGAAGUUGCCAAAGAGUAGCGUAUUGUACAAACUUAGUCCGUUCAUGGACGGAGAUGGAUUGCUGCGUAUGAAGGGUCGUAUAGACGCCUGCGAAGUGGUAGAAGAGGGUACGAAACAUCCAAUUCUUCUACCCAAGCACCACACAGUUACGGACCUGAUUAUAGCCAGUGUCCAUCAACGGUACUGCCAUAUGAAUCAUCAGACUGCACUCAACGAAAUUAGACGAAAAUUCUACGUGCCUCAACUCCGCUCAACUUAUAAUCGUGUGAGAACCAGAUGCCAGCUUUGUAAAAAUCGUCUGGCUAUGCCAGCUGCCCCAGAAAUGUCCGCCCUUCCACCCGCACGGUUGAAAGCUUUUUGCCGCCCGUUCUCCUACAUUGGGAUCGACUAUUUUGGGCCGAUGUAUGUGGUUGUUGGCCGGAAGACCGAGAAACGUUGGGGAGUGUUGAUCACUUGCCUCACUAUACGUGCAGUUCACAUCGAGUUAGCCUAUAGCCUCACGACAGACUCCUGUAUCAUCGCCAUCCGUAACUUCAUCGCCAGACGAGGUCCUCCUGUAGAAAUUAUCAGUGAUCGUGGUACGAACUUCAUCGGAGCCAGUCGGGAGUUAAAGGAAGCGUUGCAGCACGUAAACCAAGACAAACUGAUGGAACAUUUUGUCACCAGCGACACUAAGUGGUCGUUCAAUCCGCCCGCUUCUCCGCACUUUGGCGGAGCCUGGGAACGACUAGUCCAGUCCGUGAAGAAGGCCCUGAAGCACACCCAACUCACGCGCACACCCACCGACGAACUACUAAGGAAUAUGUUGACGGAGAUAGAACUUAUUGUCAACUCAAGGCCUUUGACUGAACUGCCGCUAGACGAUGAGCACAGUCAGUCCCUAACCCCGAAUCACUUUCUGCUCGGGUCGUCAGAUGGUUCUAAGCCCCCGAUCGCGUAUGACAACAGCAGCUAUGCACUGAAGCAUACAUGGAAGAUGUCGCAGGUCUAUGCCAAUAGAUUUUGGCGGCGUUGGGUUUCCGAAUACCUGCCAACUUUGACCCGAAGGACGAAAUGGUUCAGUGGUGUAAAACCUUUAGCGGAAGGAGACAUCGUCGUUAUCGUGGACGAGACUUUGCCAAGGAACUGCUGGCCGAGAGGCCGCGUGGUUCGCGCUAUCCAAUCCAAGGAUGGACAGGUUCGUCGAGCUCUAGUGAGGACAUCAACUGGACUGCUGGAGAGACCAGCCGUGAAGCUUGCGGUAUUGGAUGUCGGUGCAACUGCAAGUACGUCGAACCAGUGA